AUGCGUGGAGUACGCGAUCGUAGUCGCCACCGAAGUACAGACAGAAAACGAAGUCAUAAUCGGGAUGAACGAAGUAAAAGCAGAUCAAAACGAGCUGGCAGUAGAAACAGGCGAACCAGUAGUAGAGAUAGGCGUGGUGGAAGUAGAGAAAGGCGGGCUGAAAGUAGAGACAGACAUCCAGAUAGCAGACGGGAUAAGAGUAGAGAUAGACACGAAAGAAAUCACAACGAUAAACUUGAAAGAAGCAGAGAUCGCGAGAGACAUGACCGUGACAGAAGCUCCUACAGACAAUAUAAUGGUGGAGGUCUCGGAAGUGGAUUGGGCAAUGGAAGUGGUUCAGCCCCUCGACCUCGAUACAAACCCCAAGAAGAAGAAUUUUUGGAUGCCCGACGCGAGGAACGAGAGAGAAUUGGAGAAGUUGGAGUCUCUUCUAUUUGGGGCAAAUCUCCCUUAAGGCCUGAUUCUGAAGAGGAACUAGAAUCAACUGCAUCUGAGAAAAGUAAACGCAAGAAGAAAAGCAAAAAAUCUAAACAAUCAAAAGAUGGUACAAAAGAAAAGUUGAAAAAACUGAAAAAGAAAUUGAAAAAAAUUAAAAAGGUGCGCAAAAAAGCCAAAAAGAAGUCUAAAAGUUCAAGUGAUGACUCAAGUAGUUCUGAGGAAGAAGUGUGGGUAGAAAAAGGAAAAGAACAUGAAGCUGAAAUCACAACAAAACCAAAGAGUACAGAAGAGGUAGCCGGUGAGGUGAUAGGACCGACUCCUCGAGUGGGCCCACAGCUGGGACACAAAGACUUCGGGCGCGCAUUGUUGCCAGGAGAAGGUGCUGCUAUGGCUGCAUACGUGGCAGAAGGGAAACGAAUCCCACGGAGAGGAGAGAUUGGUCUUACUUCUGAUGAAAUUGCAUCUUAUGAGUCUGUGGGAUAUGUUAUGAGUGGAAGUAGGCAUCGUCGCAUGGAAGCUGUCCGUAUCCGGAAAGAGAACCAGAUUUAUUCGGCAGAUGAGAAACGCGCUUUGGCGGCAUUCAGUAAAGAAGAGAGGACCAAGCGAGAGAAUGUUAUACUUGCACAAUUCCGAGAGGUCCUCCAAGCUCGACAGCGUUCCCAUAACACCUAG